GCAGAGCCAGUUGCUGCUGUGAGUCGACGCGGUGAAGUCUGACCAACCUCUCCCACGAACAGUCGCAUUAGAGAGCCUUACCGCGACAAGGUUUUGUCUUAAAUUACGGAUGGUGAACUUUUCUGUGGAGUUUUUACUGAACAGUAAUUGUUUUAGUUGUCAAAAAGGACCCAAAGACCCGUGUUUCCUCGAAGCUAUCAUGCUGAACACCGAGGAAAGUUCCUGGUUAGCUGGGUCUCGGCUGCCCAGCUCCAUCCCUCAGUCUCCGGGGCCUCUGUGGUGCUCCGAUGCCCCUCACCCACAACUGAAGAUCCCGGGUGGGCGAGGGACUGUCAGGGAUCACUCUCUCGGCGUGCUACUACACAAGGUGACAGUUCUCGACUUCACACAGCAACACAGAGCGCUGUAGUUUAACGUCUGUGAAGCUUCCUGGUAACAUCUGCAUAUGUGAACCUAUAAUGCAACAUACUGCUUAGCAUAAAACAGCAGGGAAGUUGUGGUGAAGUUUUGGUUAGUGAAUUUAAUAGCAAAACUCGGCCACAUUAUUGUCACCUUAACUGCUGUGAUACCAGAAGCACUGGCAGCUUGUGAAUGUGAUAUUUAAACUGGGACUUGAAACGUUAUGAAAAGAGAGCUGGUGAUGAUAUAAGUCUUUGUCCCAGAUUGGUAUUUUUAAAGGCUUUUUAUUUUAAGAUGAAGUAAAUUCUGUAAGAGCUAAAUGGUUUUAAAUGGUUUUAAAUGGCAAUACUGGAAAACAAUACUUGAGGUAAUAAUUGUGUUAAGUGCUUCAUCCCUCAGAGACCACUAAACACAGGAACACCUCACUAAUGAGUUGUACCCUCAUUCUGCAAAUUCCCUUUUUUUUAAAAAAAAAA